AUGCCCAAGUCUCGGACAAUUUUCAUCAUUAUAUGUAUAUGUGCUGCUUUUCUUCUAUUGCAGUUUGUUGGUCUUAAGUUUAUAUUUGAUAAAGUAAAUCCAAAGCAGUUUCUUGAGGAGCUUCCUCCAUGGGAAGCCGUCAAGUUGUUCCUCAGCAAGUGUGAUUCAUCAGGACUAGCUGCAUUUAUCAUUGAGCCAAGUUUGUUGCGGGCUGUGAGGGAAGGCAGCUUGAGGAGAAUUGAGCUCUGGAACCAGGAGCACCACGACUCUGUAGCAUUUGGAGUCAUAGAGCCAGGACUGGAUAAGCUGCACCUGGUAUUGUCAGCAAUGAAGCAACACGGCUAUGAAUUCUGGGAAAAGAGUGACCCCGACCCACGUGGGAUGACUGCCUUGUCCCGCAAGUCCUACAGAGUUAUCCCCACCCACUGCUUGCUGUGGGUUUCGCUGGAAGGCCAUACUCCCAUGUUGAUUCACUUGGUGAUCUUCUACAAAAGAGAAAGCUACCUGUGGCAUGCAGCUGGACAAGACCGUGACCACUUACCACCUUACAGUAUUGAUGAGUCCAUAUUUGCAAAAACUCCUGGAUCCUAUAGUGUGUUUGAAAUGUCCUUGCUUUAUAUUGACGAUGCCCAGCUGCAAUUUCCCAAUGACACCUACACAUUUCUGAAAGAGAUGGACACUUCAGAAUUUAUUGAAUGCGAUUACACAAGAGCAUAUCAUUUUUACUCCACCUACCGUUCUGAUCAAAGUAAAGAGGUGGAGUUGUUCAAGAGGAAAUCCAGACAGCUUUUGUUAACUGUUAAAAAUGUUUUGGAUUUGAUGGGAAUUCGAUUUUGGUUAAGCAGUGGAACCUGUUUAGGUUGGUUUCGGCAGUGUGAUUUCAUCUCACAUACUACAGAUGUAGACAUUGGUAUAUUUAUCACAGAGUAUAGAGAGGAGUUGGUGAGCUUUCUGGAGAAUGCCGGCUUUGUUUUAACACAUCGUUUUGGCAGGGUGUCUGAUAGCCUUGAGUUAUCUUUCCUGUUUGGCGACAUCAAGUUGGAUAUAUUUUUCUUCUAUGUCACAGACAACCACAUAUGGAAUGGUGGGACACAGGCUAGCACCGGAAAUAAAUACAA